AUGGCCAGCAUGAUACAACCUGCGACUUCUGAAACAUCUUCAGUUGUAAAGAUUUUUUCAUUAGAAAAUAGAAAACUGAAUAAAUUCCUGCAGAGUUCCAAACAUGAAGCACUCACGGACUUGAUUCUGCCAUCAGUGUCUUAA